AUGUUCAAGCUGCCGGUUCUGUACUCGCUCUUACAACUCUACGCGGUAGUAAAUGCUUCUGCAGUUGUUCGCCGAGACACGCUGUAUCAGCCUCUCUCUACGAGAUGUUCGGUAUCAGACCCGCCUCCAGCGUACCAUAAGUCGCUCCGGUACUUUGACGAGCAAGAACGCCAAUCGACAGCGCUCUGGAACUCGACUUCAGUUGAGAGGCUGCUCCUGGAUCCAUUGAAACGUCUUUUUGACCGCGAGACCGCGAUUCAAGUUGACACUUAUAUUCACGUUGUGUCAACCAACAGCUCGUCGCAACCAGGUUCAGAAGGUUAUGUGUCGGAAUUGCAACUAAUCAACACAUUCGCCUACCUAGGAAACUCUUUCAACAGGACCGCCAUCAACUUCAAUCUGAAGAACAUUACCCGAACAGUCAACGACACUUGGGCAGUCAACGGCGAUGAUUUGACGAUGAAGACCGCACUGCGACAAGGAUCGUACUCGUCACUUAAUAUCUAUUAUCAAUCGAAACUCGACCGUAGCGGCAGCAUGCUCGGCUUCAGCACACUCCCAAAGGACUACGCAAAUGUCACUUCUUCGGACUUCAUCACAGAUGGCUGUAACAUCCUCGCGAGCACGGUUGCUGGCGGCACUGAAACGGACUUCGACGAAGGUGCGACAACAGUUCACGAGGUUGGACACUUCUUCGGCCUGCUACAUACUUUCGAAGGCAACACCUGCUCGAAAGACAGCUGGGGAGAUUAUGUCAGCGAUACACCACAGCAAAGAGAUGCAACUGUCGGGUGCCCACAGUAUCAAGACACGUGUCCAGUCUCUGGGAUUUCGAUCACCUCGUCGCGUGUUCCAGGACCACAGGGGUAUGCAGGGCCGGACCCGGUCCAUAAUUUCAUGGACUACUCGACUGAUGCGUGCCUUACGGAGUUUACCCCGGGCCAGACGGCCAGAAUGCUGAAUAUGUGGGAGCAGUAUAGGAAAGGCCGGUGA